CCACAGCUCUACAGAGACAAAGUCAAAGAUGCUGUCUCCAGCUGUGAGAAAUCUCUAAAAGGGAGCAGCAGCUGCAGGAAGCAGGAGUUAUUAGUACAGCUCUUGUGGUUAUUGCCCUGGCUGUGUGUUGCUUGGGAAGCACAAAGGUUAUGUGGAAUAUGCUGACAUACCUGAAAGUGGGAUAUAGGUCAGGUCCAAAAGGAAGGUGUUUGAUUUAUCAUACAGCUUCCAGAGCUUACUUCUUUUGGGGUGGGGGAUGUUGUCCUGUGUGCUUAGCCCUGGCAUGGGGUGUAUGUUUCUAUACCUGCACAAUCAAGACCUGAAAAAAAGAUUACCAUCAUUUUCACUUACACAGUGUUAUUAUUGGUGACUGAUUAGUUUUUUUAUCUUGUAGAAACAAGAAGUUACUUCAGCAGCUGUAAAAGGAUUCAGGGAUUUCUAAGCAGUGUUUCUUCCCAGAAGGAUUAUCCAGUGUGUGGUAGGACAACCUACCUUAAUGAAAUACUUUUUUUUAGCUUCUUGUUCUUGUCCAAUCAGAAUGGGAAUUAGCCUGCACCUUAAAGGCACUAUGUACUUCUUGUUGGAUAAUUAUUCAAGAAGUUUUACUGAUGACUUCUCUACAGCAUAAUUAUAUAUUUCAGUAUGGUAAAUUCCACCAUAGUAUGUUGCCAACAGCAUAAAACAAAUAAGAACCAUAAAGUAAUGGAGGUUUUCUAUUCAAAUGUACAGAUUUAUUCUCAUUUAGAAAACUCUAUAUUGCUAUUCAUAAGGAAGGAAACCAUAAUGCUAAGCACAGCAACUGGUACUGCAAAUCUCUCUUCUAAGUAGUAGAGGUGUCUAUGUAGGGACACCGGUUGUGCUUUCUUUCCCUUUUACACCUGUGCACUCUCUUGCGUUCUUUGUGAGAAGAAAGAUUUUGCCUCCACGAAGGCUUGUGCUUGGCUGGAGAGGUCUGCUUAGGCCAACUUUGCUGCAGCACUUUCUCCUCUGCUGAGCCCUAGCUCCAUUUUGCCUUUCCCUGCCAUUUUUGUUCCACAUAGCUAUGCUCUCCAGUCUGUACAUUUCCAUAUUACUGUUUUCUGUGUGGGGUUAUUCUUCCCUUUCUCUCCCUUCAGUGUUUCUCUGGUGAAAUGGAACCUGACUCUCAGAGAAGGGGGAUCCCUGUUCCUAUGUUUUUGUAUAACCCAGAGCUGGAGACAGACAGUGGGGUUGGGGUCUGGCUCACUCUCUUUCUGCAACAGGAAUGGUGUCUGGCUGUAGUGUGUGCUGAAUUUCCCGUUACAUCCUCUAACCCUGCCACUUUUGCCAUCCGUAGCUAUUACCAGGCUAUGAAACACAGGUGAGUUUCAAGUGACAGAUUUCCAGCCCAAGCUGGUGAUCUGCGCUUUGGGUGGUGAGUGGGAGUGGUGACUUUGAGCUGGCAGUGAGGGGUCUGGAGGUCACCACUUGGGGACCAGCCUGUGCCUGCAUGCUUAUACAGAGAGAGGCAGCUCAUCCUCCCAAGAGAGGAGCUUUGGUACCCUCCAGGCAUGUCCUUUUUGCAAGUGGAGGGCUCCUGCCAGGACAGAGAAUUAUUGAUCACGGUAAGCAUAUAUUCAUUGGUUUUCAGGUUGUUUUGAAAGAGUGCCGUGCAAGUGAAGGCUUGUGCCAAAUUUUAGCCUAGUUAUAGUGCUGUUUAUUACUUGCUCACAAUCACUCCACCUCCACAUCUUUCUCACUUGUCUACCUACCAAAUACUAGCAACCUGGCUCACCAUGAGUGAAAUAGGUUCCUGAGAAAAAAAGCCGGUGCAUUCACAGUUCAGGAGAAGCUAGUUCAAAUACAUUCCUUUCCCAUUGCAGAAAUGCUACAGGCUUGGCAUCUUUUCAUUUCUCUUCUGAACAGAGUUGGCUUCUUGGAAAUAUGCACCUGUAAGGAUCAGCUGUUGGCAAAUUCCCCUCAAUCAUGAGUUUUAUCAUUGCCCAUAGAAAACUAACAAUAACCACACAACAAGGGUUAUCCUAGUAUAGAGCAGGACCUUGAAGAUGGGGAAGUCAGGUUCUUGGGGGUAGGGACAAGUUAAUUUAGGGUGAAGGAGGGGUCAGCUUUUUAAAUAGCUUGAUUCUACCUCUUUCUUUGUGACCCUACAUUGUUUAGGCAGGGUCCAGGGAUGUCCAAGUGUUCACCCACCAUGAGCUACAAGCUUUAUGUAAGAAAACCAGUUCUUUUAAGUGUUGCAAUGAUACGGCCAAAUGAACAAGGGGUUAGAGAACUAAAUGUGAGGGUUGUAACUCCCAAAACCCUGCUCCCUAAAGUUUACCUCUGACUAUGGAAUUAUGUGAUAAAACUCCUUAAUGAAGAGAGGCUGAGAGAACAGUUUGUUUUCUCCUAACCAGAAAACCUUUUAGGGAGCACAAUUCAUGCCUUUUUUGUUCUAGCCCUGACAGAGGUGCUUCCAAAGUGUGUUAUUUUGUAUGCAGUUUCUUUUAUAAAAAAAUAGGUAAUGUUUAAUAAUUGUUGGGAGGACUAUGCCUAGGCAAUGACCAGGCAUGUGUGCCAUGCAUGCACACAAAGAGAACAUAAGAGAACAUAUCUCACCCCUGCAGAUUGCUGAAUACAAGGUCUGCCCCAGGCUCCCACGUGAUGAUGUAUUUUGAUCUCACAUUACCCAGAAUUUUCAUUUCUUUCAGCACGCUUCUGCGACUGAGACCUUGCAGUCAUGGCCACAGCCCUCAAGGCCUCUCCUACUGCACCUAAGUCACAAGGUCAGAAACCAAGCAACAGCUCAGCAGGAACUUUCUGGAAAAAAAACAGGGAGACCAGUGAACUGGUUUGGUUUUCAACUGUGGGUCUUUCUAAUCAGAUUGCUCCAAAGCAAAGGAAAAACACAGCCAAGUGAGGAAGAGAGCACUUUCCAGAUACCUCACUAACACAAACAAAGUUAAAGCCUAAUGAGUUGCCAUAUGUUGGCCUGUUCCCAGAGUGCCUAAUAACAGCUAUCAGCAGCACAGCUGGAUUGCUAAAUCCUGAGUGGUUUCAUUCCUCAUGACAAGCUUGUUGAGAAGAACUUUACACCUCUGCAGAGCUCUGGCCAAAGGCGCUUUGCUCUAUUUGUUCCUUUUGCUGUCCUGCUUCCAGUCUGCCCCCACUUGGCUUUCUAUAACAUUGAAAUGUCCAUACUGUCCCUUCAGUAUGACUGCAAGAUGAAAGAGAAGAAAAAGUGGCAACAGCCCUAGUUGAACGGAAUGGGGAACUGGCUGCUGUGGCAUGUUUAUCUGCAUGAGGGGAAGAGCAGCUGUUUUUGUCUUUUUUUUGCUCUUAGCCAGAAUGCUGUCUAUAAAACUGACCAUCUUUGCAUAAGACCUAAGAUUCUAUAUUCUGAAUGCAGAGAGGCAAUUGUCAUGGCAAGAGUACCACAGUCUGUCUUUGGUCGAGGGAUUACUGUGCUAGACCUGCCGCAGUCCAAGGAGCAUGGCAGGCGUCCUAAGGAGCUCCUGCCCCAGUUUAGUGAUGGAUCAGCCAUUUCCUUCAUCCUGUCUCUACCCAAUCGUAAAGAGCAGGGCAUUCAUAACACUGUGAUGUUUGUCCUCUGAUUGAAGGCUACCAAGUUGGUGACUAAUACAUAGUACUGGGAUUUUCCUACUUGUUGCUGUUUCCUCAGCUCUUAGAAAUGGGGAAAUUUGCUAUAAGCUGAAGGGUUUGAGGUUGACUGCUUCUCCCCAGCUCAGCUACUGCUGGUUUCACUUGCAAUGAGCCACCCACACAGCAACAAGAAUUACAAUGAGGUGAGAAAGCUGGACGGCGUUCUGGGGGUAGAAUUUCCACGCCUGGGUCAACCUUUUAACCAGUCCCCAGUUCUUGUUUUGACGGCCUAGGGAGUUUCUAUUAGAACCAGAUGGGCAUUGGCCAUGGCUAGCUGUGGAGCCAAUGCCUGUGGUAAACACCCAGCUGAGGUCUGGAGGAGCUGGCCUGUACUGUGCUGCAAGUGCUGACCAGUGCACAUGUCUGACAGGCCGUGGGCUUGAAGGUUGUGCAGGGCAGUUCACUGCUGGGUGGUCUUCCCUCUCCACUGCCUGGCUGAGAUGCUUCAGAAACACAUAGCAUGCUCCUCCACAACAUGAUGGGGGGCAAUGAAGCCAUUAAAUGCCUUGUUUCCUCCGCUAUGGCAGGAAUUUGGAUACACAGUUUGGCCUGUGCUGAGUAUUUCAUGGCCUCAUUCUGAGCUGUACUGGGCCCUUGCAACAGACACUGUUGUCCAGAAGUAUUAGGAAUUCUUCCCACUUCUGGUCAAGCUGCCUUUGCUUUUCUUGCAACUUAAAAACCUCUGGCUCUGCUUCUAUAUUGGGUUUGUGUAGCAGCAUUUUAUAGUGGAAGGGGGCUAGAAGGGUGGCUUUUCUGAGAAGCCACUCCCUUCCUGCCUUUUCUCCUAAAGACACAUCACUUUGCUGCUAGUGACAUCAGAAGACACCAAAUGUGUUAGGAUUGCAUGUUCUGUGGUUUACAGAUGCAGCUGGCCACCCCCCUGCAGCGUACUGUGUGAGGCCUUUGCUUUGCACAUGCUGCCACAGCCAGAGGCUGAAGACAGCUGCUUGUUGUUCACCCUGUGACAGGUGCCGGAAGCUGCCUAAGGCACACUCCAUUGCUGCACCAGCCCCGAGUGUGGAAGAGCUGCCACCAGGCAGGAUAGGUGGGACAUGCUGAUUUUUGACAGCUGUGGUAAAACAGAGCUCCAUGAGAUGUAAGACCUUGCCAUAAACAGCUGUGUGCCAGGAGUAGAGUUCUGGUCUUGGUGCAUCCUCAACUGCAGAGAUCUGGGGACAAGCUGAUCUAUGUUGCCUUAAGUGGGUCAAUUUCUGCCAACUUGCAUGGAAAGAGCAGGGAGUUCUGCCAGCAUUGCCAACUCAGGUGAACACUGUGGGAAUGUGUGAGUCUUGCUGACCUCAUGCAGAGAUGCUCUGGGCACGCUUUGCAUGGUGCAGCUGCGGAUGUUGGGUUUGAGCCUGAGCAGAACUGUAGGUUUCUGUUCCAGAUGGUCAGGGUGAGUUCACAAGCACAGUCAUUCCUGUUUCUUUUUACCAGCAUGUGUUGGGUGAUUUCCUAAGAGAAGAUACAAGCCUCUGUGCAAUCUCCUCCAUGUGAGCAAGAUGUACAUAGCCACAGCUCUGUGAAGGUCUGGACCCCCAGUGUGACAAGCAUGUGGAGCUGCUGUAUUGAGUCCAGAGGAGGAAGCACCUCUGCUAUGUAUGACAGACCGAGAGAGUUGGGCUUGCUCAGCCUGGAGAAGAGCAGGCUUUGAGGAGACCUUACUGCAACCUCUCAUUAUUUAAAGGGAGCCAGACAUCCAGUAAGAACUACCAUGAAGAACAAGCCGUGGCUCCAGAAUAUUUUCUUCUGCCUUUUAUUCCAGUACAUUAUAUGUUGUGAAAACCUCACUUGUUUUGUGGACUAUGUAGAGACCCUGUCCUGUAUCCUGCGAGAUGAGCUGGGUGCUGGUUCAUACAAUCUCACUGCUACAUGGGUUCCUGAGGAAGAUCCAGAAAAUACUGUGGCUGCCUGCAGUCUCCUGCAAUUGUCAAGAAACACCAGUCACACGCAGUACAUGUGCACUGUGGACAUGACUGAACUCCUGGCAGAUACCAAAGUACAGGUGGAUGUUACAGAGAUAGCUGAUAGGCAGCAUGUGCUUUCCAAAGACUUUUAUUUGUCAGACAACAUAAAACCACAGCCUCCAUUCAACCUGACCGCUUUGUUCUCAGAGGGUUACAAUAUAUCUUGGGAAACCAUCUACCACAACUCUUCUUUCUACUUUUUGAAUGAGGAGCUGGAAUAUCAGCUGCGUUACAAAAGAAGAACAGACACCUGGGAGACUCAGAAGAUUAAAGCUGUUCAUGAAGAUAAACGGACACUGGUAAUCCUGCCGUGGGAACUACAGGCGAACACUGAGUACGAGUUCCAAGUGAGAGCUCGACCCCGGGAAGACAGUGGCUAUGGUGGUUUUUGGAGUGAAUGGAGUUCUCCGCUGUCAUUGAAAACCAGCCCUGCCGGGUAUAAAUGCAAGGUGAGCCUGAAUGACUCGUCUCUUUCUCCAGCAGUGACACAGACAGGAGGCAUGGAAUGGCUGUUGCUGUUUGGUAUUGUCGUGGCAAUCAUGGCCUCAAUCGCAACAUUUCUGGCCAAACAGCAGAGCUUGUGGAAUAAGAUGGCUUGCAUCCCAGACCCUGCUCCCUUUUUCAAACCUCUUUACAUGGCUCAUAAUGGAGAUUUUAAGAAGUGGGUUGGUGCAUCCCAUAUGAAAAUGACCUUUGAUUUCUUUGAAUGGGGAAUAGUCCUUCCAGAAGUCCUAGAAGUUUACACUAUGCAUCCUUCCAACAGCACCCCACAGGAAGAGCUGCAUGAGCUAAGAAAGAAUCUGCCUUGCAAGCCCUGUGUGUCUUGCCUGACUACCCCAGGUCAUGAAAGCCAGUUGCUGUGGUGUAGUGUAAACAGUAGUGGUGGGACUGAGGACCAGUCAUAUGGGCACUUGUCAAUUGAUACAGUGACUGUGGCUGAUGAAUUUACAUCUUGUAACUGCCAAUGCAGCUGUAACCAUGUGUACAGGGAACAUGAGCAUACCAACAAGGAAGAUGAUAGUGCUGGAGAGCUUGGUUACCCCAAGGUUAACCUUGAUGAGGAAGACAGAAGGCUAUCCAGUGACUUGCAUUUGGCUGAUCUAAGUACACAGGACAAAAUACUUGCUUCAGGCUCUGUGUCCACAGACCACCUGAGUAGCACAAGUGUCCCAGUCAACCAGCAAGGAGAAAGGGGAGUGGAAGGAGAGGUGGGGAGCAUCCUAGAAGCCUUUUGUUUGCAGCCUUAUCAGUGGGAUUUGGAAAAUCCAGAUUCUCUACCUUCUCCUGAUGGUGAAAGUGUUUCCUACAGUGAAGGCUCCUAUGACUUCUUCCCUCACAAUACAAAACCUGGUGACUGUUAUCCUUUGAUCUGUGUAGAUUUGGACACUAUUGACAGUGGCUUUGUGGACUCAGACUGUGGAAGUCCAGUUGACUCUGAAUUUGGGCAAAACAGUCAGACCAUUUGUGCGCCCAUCCCUCUUGAGCAGGAGGGGCAAGACUUUACACGUAGCUACGUCAAGCAGUGGGUCUCCUGUCGCUCUGAGAGCCCUAUCAGUGGGACACAGACAAACUAAGGACUGGAUGAGUGUGGGGCCUUUUCCAUAGUGUGCCAGGAGCAAACUGCUAGCAAAAUUCAGAAGAGAAAAAAAGUUUACUUUGUGUAAGCUCUAUUGCAUAAACUGUCACCUGUUAGGAUGACAGAAAUAUGCCUGUUUCUAUUCCCACUUAUCCUAUUAAUGUCUCAAAUUUGUUGUGAUUGAUUGUUCCUGAGUUUUGUUGGGUUUUGGUUUUUUUUUAGAAUCAUAUAUCAACCCUCCCUUAAUGUCAGAAAAUUGUCAGAAAAAAACCCCUGUAUCUUGAAAAUUAUCCUUUGCCUUAUAUAGAUAUGCAAAAUUUUUUGCAGUAACCUUAUAAAGAGUACAGAGCUUUAAGUUAUUUUCCCUGGUAUUCUCACAUGACUUAAGGGUUUGGCUGCACAUGGAACCUCAGAAUCAUAACCCAUGGCAGGCGUGUUUGCUAUGUUAAAGUUCCCCUACCUUUCCAAACAACAUGUGAUGUUACUUGUCCUUCUACUGUCUUUGGCUCUUUAAACUCGGCUGUAGUAGUCUGUCAGUUAUGGAGGGCUCCAAACCUGUCCACGAGGAUCAAAACUAAUUCUUAUGUAAUCAUUGCAGAAAUGGGUGUACUAGAGACUAAGCACAACUCAGGUUUCACAAAGACUUUCCAGGUGGAGUCUGCAAAUGAAAAGACUUCAAAAUAUAUAUAAUUCUAAACAAACUCUCCGUACUAGGCUUUUCUAUUGAGUCAGACUCUCUCCCUGCACUUUUCAAGCAUUUUAAUUGAGCAGCUUUUAGAAUUUUGCCAAAAUUAUCGAAACAUUGUCCUGCCUGGAUAUGCCUGCCACUUCUGCCUUGGACUUGCUCUGCUGCAGUUAACAGGUCAGUAGCACAAAUUUUGAGCGAUAUCUGCUAGCUAAUAAAGCCAAAUAUGAAACUGCA